CGUAAACAGUUCCCAGCCGCACUCGUUUCCGGUUUGUGACGUGUAACGGGAAGGGCCGCUUCCGGGCUUUUCUGCUGAACCGUCAGAGCGGCUGGAGAGGAGGGAGGAAGAGGAGACCCCGAGGGAGAAGGGAAGAGAGGCUCAGCAGAGGCCACCAUGAGGCUGUACAGCCUGAGUAUACUCUACAAGGGAGAUUACAAGGUCCAUCUUCUGAAAAGUGCCUAUGAUGUCUCCUCGUUCAGCUUCUUCCAGAGAUCCAGUGUGCAAGAGUUCAUGACAUUCACCAGCCAGCUGAUUGUUGAGCGGUCAGAUAAAGGGAGUCGAUCAUCGGUGAAAGAACAAGAAUAUCUGUGCCACGUUUAUGUACGCAAUGACUCCUUGGCAGGCGUAGUGAUUGCUGAUACAGAGUAUCCUCAAAGAGUUUGUUUCACACUCCUUGAAAAGGUCCUGGAGGAAUUCUCCACCCAGGUGGACAGAAUAGACUGGCCAUCCGGCUCUCCUGCUACCAUUCAGUACAAUGCCUUGGACUCUUAUCUUGCUAAGUAUCAGAAUCCUCGGGAAGCUGAUCCAAUGAGUAAAGUACAAGCCGAGCUGGACGAAACCAAAAUUAUCCUGCACAACACUAUGGAAUCCUUACUACAGCGUGGAGAAAAACUGGAUGACCUAGUCAGUAAAUCAGAAGUACUGGGAACCCAGUCCAAAGCAUUUUACAAAACAGCACGGAAGCAGAACUCAUGUUGCGAUGUGAUGUGAGCGGUGGCGAUCGGACGCAGGACAAUGAACAAACCUUUCGAUAUCAGGGGGCUGAACUACCAAAUCUGCUGAUUUCUAGCCCUCUCCAUCCCCAGCAGGGGGCAGUCAAAAACGGCCCUGCCCUCAGGUCGCUAUCCUUUCUUCUUCUUCAUUUACAAAUGUUGGAGGAGGGAGGAUCUUUUUAACAUUUGUCUGUUGAUGUGUGUUCAGUUUUUACUGCGAGGUUAAAUGUCCCCCUAAGCUGUCCCCUGCCAACAGGUCCCCCUCUGGGUGGUUUUGCUCUGAUCAUUGUCUGUUCGAUGCAAACAUUCCUCUGAUACAAAGUAUCGCCGUACAUACUGUACAUCAGAAAACAAAACGUCAUUAAGCUGCAGAGAGAUGUUUAAGUAUUAAUAGUUUAUUCAUGAACACGUAAAACACAGACGGUAUACUAAUCGUACCCCAAAAUGAUCUCUCUUGAAAGGAUGGGGCUCAUCCUCCCCCCUGCCC